CAACAUUCUCCUGAUUUUUGUCCGAAUGAUAUCGGAUUAUUACAGAAUUUGUUUAAGGAUUGUCGUCGAUUAAAUGGUGAAUUAGACGAUUCUAGCGAUGAAGAAGCCGUUGAGGUGAAAAGUUCUGUUACUCCAGGAAUGAUAGGAAAACAAAAAAAAGCAAAAGAAUCUGUGUAUAAACCUAUUGAACGAGAAAAAUUAACUGAAGAGGAGUUUAUGAAAAAUCAAGAAUCAUUAUUGGAAGCGUCACGAGAAGUUGCAAAGUACGAAAUUGUUUAUAGACAAGCGGUUGGAGCUGAAGAUGUAUUUUUACAGAUGGGCUGUAGAACUCCAGCGACUGCAAGUUGUGAAGAUAUGAUAAUGACUAUACAUUUACCAGGAGAGGAACGUACCGCUGUCGAUUUAAAUGUAAAUCAUACAAACAUCUCUUUAACAUCACCAAAAUAUAAAUUACAAAUGCCUUUACCACAUCCUAUUGAUCCACAACGUAGUUCAGCAAAAUGGGAUCCAGACACUGAAAAAUUAACAUUAACACUGCGAAUGAAUCGUGAAUUUGAUUUUGUUAAUUUUUAA